CCACCAACUACCUUCCCAACUGUCCUAAUAACCACCUUAAUUUCCCCCAUCCCAUAAUGGACUCUCUUGCCUCAAGUUCUAAUUCUCCAUUAAACCACAACAAUCACCGCCACAACCACCACCACCAUUACCCUCGGCUCAAACCGAGCCAACCCAUUUCAGACCGAAUAGUUCGCGCCCUCCGCCACCACCUCCGUCUCCUCCACCGUUCUGGCUCCACCUUCUUCAUAUUCGGUGCCACCGGAAACGUGUACACAGUAACCUUAUCAAGCAGCCCUUCAUGCACGUGCCCUGACCGCACCACCCCAUGCAAACACAUCCUUUUCGUUUUGAUUCGAGUUUUGGGUGUGUCCCUCGAUGAUGUGUGUCUCAGGAGAAGAACCCUUCGUCCCUGCCAGCUUCAACGUCUUCUCAACAUGCCCACGUUGGGAGAGGCAGUGGCAGGGGGCAACCUGCGACAAAGGUUUCACCAAUUGUUCUUUGACAAAGGGUCAACGAGCGCAACAAUAGAGAUGGAGGAUGGUGCCACGUGUCCUAUUUGUCUUGAGGAAAUGGGUAGGGAAGAGAAGUUGGUGGCAUGUGGAACAUGCCGUAACCCUAUUCAUGAAGAGUGUUUGAUGAGGUGGAAGAGAAGCAAGGGAAGAAGAACAGCUAGUUGUGUGAUUUGUAGAGCGAGAUGGAGGGAUAGAGCGGAGCAAGAUAAGUAUCUGAAUCUCUCUGCAUAUGUUAGCGAAGAUGACGUGGCACAUCUUGGUGGGGGUCUCUGCACUGGUUAAGUCUAAUGUAGAUAUAUAUAUAUAUUUGAAUGUUUCCUGUGUUAAAGAAUCAAAAUCAAUGUUUAACUAUCUAGAUGUUUGUAAAGAAG